ACACAGAGACACCUGUGUACACACACACACACACACACACACAGACACAUGUACACACACACAUACAUGUACAUACACGCAAACACAUGUACAGAUACACACAUGUACACACACACACCACCCCCCGCCCCAUAAAAAGUUGCAGUACUUCGUUGUUCACUCACAGAGCUGGGUACUGCACUCUAGGGGGAGGCAGAGAGCACAGCACACACUCCUUCCUUUGCUUUCACUGCGCUCAGCUAAUGAGCAGUCUGACGGCUCCCAGUGCCAAUGACAGAUCUGGACUGAGCUCCGAGCCUGCUCAGCAAGACAGCCCUAGAGGACACACUCGCCCCCACCAUAAUUUCCACUCGCCAUUGGUGAGCAGGCAAGUGGAAAUUUCAAGGCCUGGUAUACAGAACGUU